CCUAACAAGUCCUUUUCAUUUCAUCAUUUUUUCGCCUCAGUUCAGAAACUUCGCGAAAGCAGCAACAAUGGCGACGGAGCUGGAGGAACUCCUGGGCUUUCUCUCGUCUCCUUCCCCACCUAUUAAAAAAGCUGCUGUAAAUAUUCUUCGGGAUUAUACUGGGUCCGAGGAUGGGCUACGGUCUCUUGGGAAAUACUCCAGUGUUGCUGUUUCUUCGUUGUCUCACCUUCUUGCUGAAAAAAAGGAAGUUUCCGAACCCGCAGCAGAAGCCCUCGUAAAUUUGUCACAAAAUCACGAUUUAGCUAAAAAAAUGGUGGAAAUGGGAUUGGUGAAAGCUGUCAUGAAUAUUCUAUACAGUCAAGCCUGUGACAUUCCUCACUUGUUGGUCAUGCUUCUCGUCAAUCUCACACAAUUGGAUGCCGGUAUUCAAUCUUUGCUUCAGGUACCCUUUUUCACUUAA